AUGAACCAGAGAAUACUACGGCUCGUUAGAAAUUAUGCAGUCCCUGCUAAGAAAAACGCCCCCAAGUUGACUGGCGGCCUUCAACCGUUGCAAGGGAUUCAACUGAAAAAACAAUACAUUCCAAGACCCAACCAAAGGGUCACUUAUGAACACCAGCCUCCACCUUCACCAUCGGAGUUGAAAGCAGAAAAGGUCAUUAGAAAGCGGAGAAACCCAUGGUUGAGAUUUAUUCCUAGUCUGGUCGUCAUAGGUGGUACUGUAUGGCUAUUGUUCUCGUACAACUACUUCUUUGUAGAAGAUGAAGACUUGGAAUUUCUUAACCCCAGCGAGUUCAAGAAGUAUACUAUCACUUUUAAACAACAAAUAGACGAGGACCAUUAUCUUAUUGAGCUGACACGGAAGAAUAGAUCCAAAAUCUUGAACUCUAUGAAACUUAAAAUGACCUCCAUGUGGAAUGGUCACAGAUUAUGGUCAGUGGAGAUUAAACAGCCUGAUAUCAGUAUUGUCAGAAAAUACACGCCAUUGCCUUUGUAUGUGGCUAGCAACAACAGUGAAGAACCUUUCAUCAAGAUUAUAAACUCCGAGGGGGAAGAAGGGAAGAUGAUGUUAUAUAUCAAAACUUAUCCGGAAGGAGAGAUGGCUAGGUGGAUCAGCCAGACACCAUUGUAUUCCGACCUUGAAUUGCGAGGACCCUUUGUUGACUACGAAUUUCCUUUCCAUCCGUUGGAUAAAGCAACUGAUAGACCACAACUUAGAAACGUUUUGAGCAAAUUACCUCCUGAUUCAGAACUUCCAGAGGACAUGCCGUCGCCAGAUAAUUAUAACUUUUUCGGAGCUGGAACGGGAAUUUCUCCAUUUUUGCAAUGUCUUUAUUCUCCCAAUCCGCCUAAGGGAAAGGUUAAUUUAUUUCAUAGUGCCAAUACCGAAGAGGAGAUCCCAAAAGUGUUCAGCUCGUUAAACUACUUUCUGCAAAAGACUUCACGCUUGAAUUAUUAUCGAUUUAUUCGUGACAAGGGAGAGAUGAUUACUGAUGUGCCCGCCAGUGUCGUAUCCAAUUAUAGAGGAUACAAGGAUCUGAAGUUUGUAAAAGAGUAUGAGGAAAAGAAGUUGUUGAAACAGAAAAUGGAGCAACUCAAAUCUGGAAAUUCAACUGACGACAACUCGUCAACGGCUGCUGCUGAAUCACAGGUUAAAUUAGCUCAGCUUCAAGACUCUGAAAAGCAAAGAGUUGAGCCGUCGCUAGCUAAAUCAAAAUCAACCUCGUACUUUGACAAUGCUCUGCAACUGUUGUUGUUCAAGCGGGAGUCUAAUGAUAAUUCUCCUUCUCCUGCCAGCUUAUCGUUAGUAUGUGGCCCAGAGGGUUACAUUUCAUACAUUUCAGGAACACCAGACUUCAACAACCCGGAAAAUAUUGACGCAGGGGAAGUUUCGGGUCUUCUAGGUAAAAAAGGCUGGACGAAGGAAAAUGUCAAGAGGUUACAGUAG